AUGACAGCUGUCGAAACCCAAAUGACAUAUAACACCUCCUAUACGAUCCAACAUGAAUCUACGUAUAUGACCCAGGAGGAGGACUGGGACAGGGACCUGCUGCUGGACCCUGCCUGGGAGAAGCAGCAGAGGAAGACCUUCACAGCUUGGUGCAACUCCCACUUGAGGAAAGCUGGGACACAGAUCGAGAACAUCGAGGAGGAUUUCAGAAAUGGCCUCAAACUCAUGCUGCUGCUGGAGGUCAUUUCAGGCGAGAGGCUGCCCAAACCCGACAAAGGAAAGAUGCGUUUCCACAAGAUUGCCAACGUGAACAAAGCUCUGGACUUCAUCUGCAGCAAGGGGGUCAAGCUGGUGUCUAUUGGUGCAGAGGAAAUCGUCGACGGUAACGUGAAGAUGACCCUUGGUAUGAUCUGGACCAUCAUUCUGCGCUUCGCCAUCCAGGACAUCUCUGUGGAAGAGACCUCCGCUAAAGAAGGUCUGCUGCUCUGGUGCCAGAGGAAGACUGCCCCCUACAGGAAUGUCAAUGUGCAGAACUUCCACAUCAGCUGGAAAGAUGGCCUGGCGCUGUGUGCCCUCAUCCACAGACACAGACCUGACCUCAUUGACUACUCUAAACUGAGAAAGGACGACCCCAUCAGUAACCUGAACACGGCCUUCGAAGUGGCCGAGAAGUUCCUGGACAUCCCCAAGAUGCUCGACGCUGAAGAUAUCGUGAAUACGCCCAAACCUGACGAGAAGGCCAUCAUGACCUACGUGUCCUGCUUCUAUCACGCCUUCGCCGGAGCCGAGCAGGCUGAGACGGCUGCUAACCGCAUCUGCAAGGUGCUGGCUGUCAACCAGGAGAACGAGAAACUGAUGGAGGAGUACGAGAAGCUGGCCAGCGAGCUGCUGGAGUGGAUCCGCCGCACCAUCCCCUGGCUGGAGAACCGCGUGGCAGAGCAGACCAUGCGCGCCAUGCAGCAGAAACUGGAGGACUUCCGCGACUACCGCCGGGUGCACAAGCCGCCGCGCGUGCAGGAGAAAUGUCAGCUGGAGAUCAACUUCAACACUCUGCAGACCAAGCUGAGGCUCAGCAACAGGCCCGCCUUCAUGCCCUCCGAGGGCAAGAUGGUGUCGGACAUCGCCAACGCCUGGAAAGGUCUGGAGCAGGUGGAGAAGGGCUACGAGGAGUGGCUGCUGACCGAGAUCCGCCGUCUGGAGAGACUGGACCACCUGGCCGAGAAGUUCAAGCAGAAGUGCGGCAUGCAUGAAGCCUGGACUGCAGGUAAGGAGGAGCUCCUGUCUCAGAAGGACUACGAGUCGGCUUCUCUGAUGGAGAUCAGAGCCUUGAUGAGGAAGCACGAGGCCUUUGAGAGCGACCUGGCCGCUCACCAGGACAGAGUGGAGCAGAUCGCCGCCAUCGCCCAGGAGCUAAAUGAGCUGGACUACCAUGAUGCUGCUACGGUAAACGCCCGCUGCCAGGGGAUCUGUGACCAGUGGGACAACCUGGGGACCCUGACCCAGAAGAGGAGGGACGCUCUGGAGCGUGUGGAGAAGCUGUGGGAGACCAUCGACCAGCUGUACCUGGAGUUUGCCAAGAGGGCAGCUCCCUUCAACAACUGGAUGGACGGAGCCAUGGAGGACCUGCAGGACAUGUUCAUCGUCCACAGCAUCGAGGAGAUCCAGAGUCUGAUCACUGCUCACGACCAGUUCAAAGCCACUCUGCCCGAGGCCGACAAGGAGCGCAUGGCCACCAUCAGCAUCCACAACGAGAUCCUGAAGAUCGCCCAGACCUACGGCAUCAAGCUGUCCGGAAUCAACCCGUACACCAACCUGAGCCAGCAGGACAUCAACACCAAGUGGGAAACUGUGAAGCACCUUGUACCCCUCAGAGACCAAAUGCUGCAGGAGGAAGUGGCAAGACAGCAGGGCAACGAGAGGCUGAGGCGCCAGUUUGCUGCCCAGGCCAACAUCAUUGGACCCUGGAUUCAAACCAAGAUGGAGGAGAUCAGCCACGUGUCUGUGGACAUCGCCGGCUCCCUGGAGGAACAGAUGAACAGCCUGAAGCAGUACGAACAGAACAUCAUCAACUACAAGUCCAACAUCGACAAGCUGGAGGGAGACCACCAGCUCAGCCAGGAGUCGCUCAUCUUCGACAACAAGCACACCAACUACACCAUGGAGCACGUCCGUGUGGGCUGGGAGCAGCUGCUCACCACCAUCGCCAGAACCAUCAACGAGGUGGAGAACCAGAUCCUGACCCGCGACGCCAAGGGCAUCAGCCAGGAGCAGCUCAACGAGUUCAGGGCCUCCUUCAACCACUUCGACAGGAAGAGAAACGGCAUGAUGGACCCAGACGACUUCCGUGCUUGCCUCAUCUCCAUGGGUUACGAUCUGGGUGAGGUUGAAUUUGCCCGCAUCAUGACCCUGGUGGACCCGAACAACACCGGCGUGGUGACCUUCCAGGCCUUCAUCGACUUCAUGACCCGCGAGACCGCAGAGACCGACACCGCAGAACAGGUCAUGGCUUCCUUCAAGAUCCUGGCUUCAGACAAGAACUACAUCACAGUGGACGAGCUGCGCAGGGAGCUACCGCCCGAGCAGGCAGAGUACUGCAUCAGCCGCAUGACCAGAUACAUCGGAGCCGACGCUGCCCCCGGCGCCCUGGACUACAUCUCCUUCUCCAGCGCCCUCUACGGAGAGAGCGACUUAUAA